AUGGACUCGACAAAUAUUAAACGGGGGCUAAGCAACGAGAACAACUGCGUCCCUGACGCAACGCUGAAAACGGGGGGUGGUGCACACAGUGAAGAGGGGGAGGAAGUGACAACGACCGAAAAGGGAGUCGCACUACAAGUGGGGGAGAUGCACACGGACGUCGAUACGGUUGAGGGUGCCACCGUUGAGGACGCGCAAGCUCAGCAGACACAAAAAGGGCGGAAGGGAAGUACCCAUUGGGGGGACGACAUCAGGGAGGGAAACCACAAAAGGGAGAGCAGCCUGACGGAUGACCAGCUGACCGACCACAAGAAGAGCCAAGGGAAGAGUGAGACCAUCACCACCCAGCGAGACGUCGAAUUUCACAAGCUGUACGAAAGCGACGACAACAAUUUUGUGUCCCCCCGGCACAGCUCCACUAGCGAAUCUGUAAAAAAAGAGGAGCUAGACAAAGAGAAAAAAAAAAAAAAAAAAAACAGCAGCAGCAACAACAUGACGCUUAACACAACCAUGUUGCAGUCAUACAUUCACAGAAGCUACGACAAAGUAUCGAAUGCUUUUAUUAAAACUUCCAAGUCGCUCUUGAAGAGAACGAGCAACAUCACCUACUCCGAGGAAGCAGACGUGGGUGCGGCGGCGGCGGCGGAAGCGGCCGACCGGGUAACAAGUGCAAAAUGGGGAAGCUCAGACGGGGUCGAUGCGGGAAGAAAAGUUAAAAGCGCCAAGGCAAGGCUGCUAAGAGGUUGCCUCACCAGCUCAGCGAGUCAGGUGGAAGGUCAAGUGCCGAGUGAAUGGGAUGUCCCCUCAACCUGCCAUGACAGGAAUGAAAAUUCUUUCUUCAAAGAAAAUUUCGAUUUAAUAAAUAAAACGUUACGAGAAGAUAAUAAAUGGGGGGAGAAAAAUAAAGAACGCAUGAUGGGCAAAUGCAAAAAACUGCUAGAGAGCAAUGACACGGUGAAGCUGUAUAACGAAAUUGAAGACCUUUACGAGGAGAGGAUCCUACUGCUAAAAUUUAUUAACUACUACAUGGACAUAACGGAGAAGCAUCAACGUGAACUGCAGAAGAUACAAACGUCCUACGAAAUUUUACUCACAGAGAAUGAGCAGCUCAGUCAAAACAACAUCACCUUCAAGAGGCAUAUUAACUUGUUACGCACUGGAGACACUCCCGCGCAGGAGUGA